AUGUCCAUCCGGGCUGCAUCGGUGUUCCCAGCCCAGGGGCCGGCCGGACCCCCGCCCCCGCUGCUGCCCAAGCCAGGGAAGGACAACGCCCGCCUGCAGAGGCUGCUGCGCAAGGCAGCUCGCAGGAUGGCCGCGGCCCCGCCUGGGACCUUCCGUGCCUCCCUGUCCCCUGUCAGUGAGGCCAGCCACGACCUGGAGGCCACAGCCCUGCCCCGCGCUGAGGCCGCCCACACCCUGCACACGCCUGUCACCUACCAUGUGGCCUCACCCCCACACAGGCCUCCAUUUGCCUUCCGCCCUGACCAGCAGUGGGCUCCAGCUGCCCCUACCUCAGAACCGACCACGGGCUCUGCGUCCAUCUCAGUCCUGGCCACGGAGGACACCUAUGUCACCCAGCUGCACCUUCGGUUGGCACCGUCCCCGUCCAGGGGGGCCACAGGCAGGGACCGAGAUGCAGGGGCCCAGCCCCUGAUCCCAGUGGCCCACAUUCGCCCGCUGCCUGCGGGGGCCCAGGGGUCCAGUCCUCAACCCCAGGAGCCACCUGUGACCAGGACACUGCCCAAUUUCCAGACCCUGGGUCCCAAAGAGGGCAGCACCAGGGUGGUGGUGCCCAUAGCCCCCACAUGCCACUCCCCAGGACCCUUGUCUUACUGCCCGGCUGCUGCAGUGCCUGACAGCGAACACACACAGGAUGCCCCCAGGACUGGCCCUGCAGCAGAGGCCUCGCCUGCCUUGGGCCCGCACCCAUGCCCUGUCCCCAGGGUUGUGCCCAAGCCCCGGCUCAGCGGCUGGACGCGUCUGAAAAAGCAGCUGAUGGAAGAGGCCUCACUCCCGGGGCCCAUGCAGCAGGAGGCACCCCAGCCGGGCAGCCCUCGGCCCCCCGCCUCCCGGGCCUCCCGCAUGUGGGACGCAGUGCUGUAUCACAUGUCUGUGGAGUCCCGCGGCAGCCAUGCGGGGGUGCCUGGGACUGGGGAGCAGCGCCCCCCUGGCCGUCCCCAACUGCCCCUCCUCUGUGGGCCUCGCUUCAACGCCCGGAAGCUGCUGGAGGCAGCCCGGCCCCCUCCCCAGCGCCUUGCCACCAUGGAGCUGAACCUGCAACCUAAGAAUUUCAACCGGACGGCCAGUGGCUGGAAGCUCCCGUGA